CCUCCAGUUUACUUCGGGGUCAAGUCAGCUGUGUACCUGAACAACAGCAAGUUACAGUAUUGAUUACAUAAUCAGCUGCUUUUAGUGGGCAAACAGCUGAGCUGAGUCGUCUGGAACUGGAAAACUGACGUUUUUUAUUUCUAACGCACAUAGAGAGGCAACCGCUAUGAUACUGUAGGAGGGGUCAGAAGGUUAGGUCCUCUACGAAUUUAUUUUGUGAAUGUGUAACAAGGUCAAUUGAUAGUAACUGCUUCAACUCAAUUAUCUCAUUCAGUCACACUGUCGAGUAGGAAGGCGUUUGUUGUGGCCUCAGCUGCGACGAGUGUUUGUUUACAUCCUAUUUAUCAAGGAAUGGCGAUGAACAAGAUUCCAGCAGUUUUCACUAAAACCACCAGUAAUCACCUAUUAGGAUUGAAUCUGGUAAAAUGUAUGGGCACCCUCAGAGGGGCCGUGGCCGGUGAGCCUGAACGUCCUGUGCUGAAAACCGACUCAAUUCCUGGUCCCAAAUCAAAAGAAUUGCUUGGCCAGUUAGAAAAAAUUCAGCAAUCUGGGUCAGUCCAGCUAUUUGGAGAUUACGAAAAAUCUAUCGGCAACUACUUGGUGGACGUGGAUGGAAAUGUACUGUUGGAUAUCUACACCCAGAUCUCCUCUAUGCCGCUGGGCUACAACCAUCCUGAUGUCUUCAAGGCGCUCCAGAGACCCGAGAACCUCAGGGCAGUACUGAACAGACCUGCACUUGGAGUGUUCCCGAAUGCUGACUGGCCGGCAAAACUGAAGAAUGUACUUCUUGGUGUAGCGCCAGCUGGUCUUAGUAAUGUGACGACUAUGAUGUGUGGGUCUUGUUCCAACGAAAAUGCCUACAAGAACAUUUUCAUCUGGUACCAGCGUAGACACCGCGGCAGCACCACCUUUUCACAGGAGGAGAUGGAAUCUUGCAUGAUCAACAGAGCGCCAGGCUCUCCAUCUCUGUCCAUUCUGUCGUUCCAUGGUGGCUUCCACGGCCGCACGCUGGGAGUGUUGUCGACCACUCACUCCAAGUAUAUACACAAGAUUGAUGUGCCUGCGUUUGACUGGCCAAUAGCCAAGUUUCCACAGUACAAGUACCCAUUAGAAGAGAACUCUCGUGAGAACCAGGCAGAGGAUGAGAAAUGCUUGGCUGAGGUUUCGGAACUGAUACAGAAGUACAACAAGAGUGGCAAGCCUGUAGCCGGGAUUGUAGUGGAGCCCAUACAGUCCGAGGGGGGAGACCACCAUGCUUCUCCAGAGUUCUUCCAGAAACUUCAGGCGAUUGCCAAGCAGAAUGGUGCAGCACUGUUGCUAGAUGAAGUUCAAACCGGAGGUGGGCCCACCGGCAAGUUCUGGUGUUAUGAACACUUCAACCUCGAGUCUCCACCAGAUAUUGUUACAUUCAGCAAGAAAAUGCAACUAGGAGGAUACUACCUGAAGCAGGAAUUUAUCCCCCCUCAGCCUUACAGAGUGUUCAACACUUGGAUGGGUGACCCAGGCAAGAUUGUGCUGUUGGAAGCUAUCUUAGACGUGAUCAAACGUGACAACCUGCUCGCUACCGUUCAGGCCUCCGGUAAGGUGCUGAUGGAAGGCUUGGGUUCACUGCAGAAAGAGUUUCCCACCCUACUCAACUCGCUGCGUGGCAGAGGCACCUUCUUAGCCAUCAACGCUCCAACAACUCAGUUGCGUGACGACAUGAUCGGUAGACUUAAGAAGAAAGGUGUGCAAGCAGGAGGAUGUGGUGACUUGGCCAUACGUUUCCGGCCUGCUCUCAUCUUUCAACCUCAUCAUGCUGAUAUCUUUUUGGACAUCUUCCGUCACGUCCUCAAGGAUAUUAAUGGCUGAAUCCGAACUUAGCUAUCAGAUCCUGACAACCGUCUUGUGUUUGUGGUCAUCUAUCAAAGUUGUCAUUGUGAAAUAGUUGUUAAAUUACUCAGACAUAACCGUGAAAAAAAGCUAGUGCUUUAACAAAGUCCCAUUCUGUUUCACCAUUUGGUUCCUGCAACCAUGAGGCUGCUUAUUUUGUUGAACUGAUGUUUUUUAAACACUGCCAAAGUGCGUACAGAUGUUCUUUUAAUUAGAAAGUCACUGUAUUAUUCUUUGUAGACUUAUCCUGUUGACAAGUGUGCCAAGCCACUGGAUGAGUGCGCUUGCCAUUUUCAGUUUGUUCCCAUGUGAGGGAUCGUGGCGUUUGUUUUUGGCUAGCACUCAGACGGAUGUUCUUGCUGAUGUAUCGAUAUAAUAUAUGUGUAAAAUUUUGGCUUGCUUCUCCCCAGAUCUGUUACAGAUCAAAUAUACACUUGGGUGAAGCCGUCAUAUUGUUAAGCAUAUAUCUCGUGCUCUUGUGAACAGGUCACACUCAUUCCACUUCAGCUCUUGCAAGUAAAAUAAAACGUAGUGUCCCGUAAAUUGAGCCAGGACCAAUAAUAAAAUGUGCAGUAUUAUUUCGUUGCUCAAAAGAUAAUAACUGCUGGUCAAGAAUAUGCCCAAUAUAAAACUUUUGUAAUUUUUGUUUUAGAACAUAGUAUUACUUAGUUAUAUAAAGUAGAAACAUCUCUUCCUUCAAAUAAAGUAUGGAACUAUUUAAGAUUUGCUUAAGAUAAAAUGUAUGCAUUAUUGUAUUUAUGAUCAUUAUCUUGUCAUAUUUUGGUAGUAGCCUAUGUAAGAUCAAUAUUUACCAGUAUUGCUUUAGUAUUAUUUUAAUUCAGUGUUAAUUAAAAAUGUAUUUAACCCUU